AUGCCUAUAGCGUCGCCACCGACACCAGCACCAUCGCCUGGACCAUCUAACGUUGCGCUUUCCUUGUCCCCGUUUCCACAAACGCCGACUCUCCGCCGCCAAUACAUAUCAGCGCUCCUAUCCACCUGCACUCCCACGGAACUGCUGUACAUCUCCACGACGAUCGCGCCCUUGCUCAAGCGCGAUUUUCUCUAUUCCCUCCCGCCAGAGCUGGCGCUACACGUUUUGAGCUGGAUCGAUGACCCGAAAACGCUAGGAAGGGCGUCACAAGUGAGCCGACAUUGGAGGACGCUCGUGGAGGAUGAGGCUGUGUGGAGGAGGAUGUGUAGGCUUUGGGAGUUUGGGUCCCCGGUGCAGAGAGCUUUUCUGGAUGAUGGGGAUGACGAUGAUGAUAUAUGGGGGCAGGGAAAGAAAAAGCAGAGACAUCGUUUCAGCACGUUGCUCUUUUCCUACAAAUCCCAUUUCAAGUACUCGUACUCGACCAUGAUGAACUGGCGCUAUGGCGGCCGCCUGCUUCGUGCCCACCGUGUGCCGGUCGUCAAUCCAACGAACGGCGUUAUCACCUCCAUCGCCUUGGAUGAUGAUUGGGUGGUGGUCGGACUCGCAAAUUCGCGAAUACAUGUGUUCAGUACUCGGACAGGUGUUUUGGCUCGGACUCUUGUGGGCCACGAAUCCGGCGUUUGGGGGGUGUGCUUAGUCAGUUGCGGAGGAAGAAGGAGAAAGAGGGAAGAGAGCCUGGGGAUGGAGGAGGAUGGCGAGGAGUGGAAUAUUCCUCAUUCGCUGCGAGUUGCCCUUGGUUUAGAGGGCGAAACCGACGAGGAGGAUGGCGAGGAUGACGACACUGAGAACCCCCAUUUCGGGAUCUGUGGUGCGUCUGAAGGAUGGGGCCAGCCGAAUUCUCUCGUCGUCAGCGGCGGCUGCGACAAAGUCAUACGGGUGUGGGAUGCCAAGUCCGGAUACUGCAUAUACGUCUUGCAUGGACAUACGUCGACGAUACGGUGCAUCAAGAUGCUGCACAAUCGACCGAUUGCAGUUAGUGGGUCUCGGGAUUCGACGUUACGCGUUUGGGACGUACAGAGGGGGAAGAUGCUGAGAGUGUUGGCUGGACACCAUGAUAGUGUGCGGUGUCUGGAUGUCUAUGAGAAUAGGGCGGUCAGUGGGAGCUAUGAUCAUACCUGCCGGGUAUGGGACGUCGAUACGGGCCAGUGCAUUCAUGUGUUGCGAGGGCACUAUCAUCAGAUAUAUUCUGUCGCGUUUGAUGGUGUGCGUAUCGCUUCGGGAGGUCUGGACACCACUGUUCGAGUAUGGGAUGCUGAGACUGGCGUCUGCAUUGCGCUGUUGCAAGGACACACGGCGCUCGUUUGCCAGCUCCAGCUGUCUCCUACGAUCCUCGCGACGGGGGGCUCUGACGGGCGGGUGAUUACAUUCUCAUUGUCGUCGUACGGUGUGCUGCACCGUAUCGCUGCGCACGAUUCGAGCGUGACGAGUUUGCAGUUCGAUGGACGGUGGCUCGUGACGGGUGGGAAUGACGGGCGGGUGAAGUUGUUUGAGACUGAUACGGGGAUUCCUGUGAGGGAUCUGACGGAGGCGAGUGAGAGUGUGUGGAAGGUGGCGUAUGGGAGGGAUAGGGAGACGCUUGCGGUUAUGUGCCGGAGGGCGGGGAAGACUGUUAUGGAGAUUUGGAGUAUGAAACCUGGGAAGGAUGUUUAG